AUGGCUACCCCUAGUGUCCUUACCUUUGAUGCUGAGGGUUGUGCUGUUGACUUUGAGGUUUGGGUAGAUGACCUGCAGCUCUUCCUACAGUGCGAUAGGGCAGACGGCCUCUCCCUGUUCGAUCUCACCUCUGGUGCCUCUCCUGCCCCGCCUACUGAUGCUGACAGCACUUCGGUCGACGCUGCGUCUGCCCCUAGCGGGCGACGCCGCACCGGCAAGGGCAAGGGGGGCAAGGGCGCUGGAGGGGCUGGCGGGGGUGGUGGAGGUGGAGGUGGAGGAGGUGGAGGGAGUGGGGGUGGUGGUGGGAGUGGUGGCGGGGGUGGGGGCUUCAGUGGCGGCGGUGGCGGCGGAGGCGGCGGAGGAGGUGGAGCUAGUCGGGGUGGCUCUGCGCAGCGGGGCGGCUUAGGUGGUGGUAAGCGCCAGCAGCAGCAGCGCACUCGUGAGACCUCGUCCCCCCAGCAGCUUCGUGAGUGGUACGCUGGGCGUCAGCGAGGUGGGGGUACUGGUCCCUGUACCUACGUCCUCCGUACCGGCAACCGCGCUGGUGAGCAGUGCGGGGGCUCGCACUCCACCCAGCGCUGCUUCGGCCGCCUGACGGACGCUUGGCGUCACCAGUUCCCUGACGCCACUGAGAUCCCUCGCUGGGGAGAGCUGUCUAGGGCGGGGGUUGCUAUCUUUGAUCUUGACUAUGAUGCUAUUCUUGCUGCCAUGUAUGCGGUGUCUAUUGAUGAUGAGGGUGACUGUUACCUGUGUGUUCCGCCUGACCCGGGCAUUGAGGCUGCUGCUCUAGGUACUGGUGAGGCUGCUGCUCUAGGUGCUAGUGCGUCUGCUGCCCCAGGUGCUGGUGAGUCUGCUCUCUCAGGUACCACGUUGGCUCAGGCCUUACACACCUUCACCCUUUACUUGGGUGCUUCCCGCUCCUUCUAUCGAGACCGCACCACGCUUACGCCGCUUAGUCGGCCGGUUGCGGUCUUCCUGGCGGACCCCUCUGGGGGUCCUGUUUCAUAG